AUGUACAGAGAAGUUGUUAAGGGUGAUGACUUCCUAUCCUUAUCAUCAGAAGAAGUAGUUAAGUUUAUAUCCAGUGAUGAACUUUCAGUUCCAUCUGAAGAAAAAGUAGUUGAAUGUGUUAUUCGUUGGCUAAAAUAUGAUUUGGAUUCUAGAAAAUGUAAUUUACCUAAAUUAAUGGAACAUGUACGUUUACCUUUAGCAUCAAAAAACUACAUAAAUUUAAAAGUAGUUAAAGAACCUCUUCUUAAUAAUUGCCCGGAAUGUAAAAAGUUUAUAUAUGAGGCUUUACAAUUUCAUAUUCUUAAGAGUAAUCAGCCAGAUCGAGUUAUAACUAUUCCAGAAUGCAUCCGGUAUAAGCCUAGACUUGGAGAUAAAGUUAUUUUUGUGGUUGGUGGAUCGGGGUAUAGAUCUAGUUCAGCAUAUAGAACAGAAUGGUAUGACCCAAAAACCAACGGAUGGAAUUUUGGACCAGAAAUGACAAACCCUCGUUAUGAAGCUGGUUUAGCUGUUUUAUACGAUCAUUUUGUGUUUUUUAUGGGUGGUUAUAAUUCGGGCAAGUCUCAUCGGUCUGUUGUUGUGCUAGAUUUAUUUUCAGAAUCUCCUUGUUGGAAACCAACUGUUGCCAUGUUGGUUAAAAGACAUGCAUUAGGAGUUGGCGUUGGCGGACAUGAUGGUACUAAUCAAUUAAAUAGUGCAGAAAAAUUUGACUGUACUACUAAAAAAUGGCGUAUGAUAUCUAGUAUGUCUACUACAAGAUUUGAUUUAGUGGUCGGAGUUUUGAAUAAUCUUUUAUAUGCGGUAGGAGGUUGGGAUGAUUCAGGAGAGGGAUUAAACUUUGUUGAAUGUUAUCAUCCCAGUCUGAUACAUGGACCCCAGUCGCAGAAAUGUAUAGGAGGUUAUGGUGGAAUUAAUCAUUUAUUAGGAGAUACGUUAAACUCUGUUGAAUGUUAUCAUCCCAAUCUUGAUACAUGGACCCCACUCGCAGAAAUGUGUAAAUGUCGAUCUGGUUUGGGUGUAGGCGUUUUGGAUGGUGUGCUAUAUGCUAUAGGUGGUUAUGAUGAAAGAGAAAGUCUGAAAAGUGUAGAAGCAUACAGACCAAGUACAGGAGCUUGGACUUCCAUUGCAGACAUGAAUUUCCCUAGACAAAGUCCAGGUGUAGUUGCAUUAGAUGGUUUAUUGUAUGUCAUCGGAGGACUGGACGGAGAUACUCAUUAUGAUUCUGUAGAAUUUUACAACCCCAUUUCCGAUACCUGGAACAUGCUAGACGCGCGAAUGAAUGUAGCACGACAAUCUACAAGUGUAGUAACCAUUAUUAGGCCACCUCAUUUUUAA